UGGAAGCAGAGUUUAUAAAAGAACACACCGGGAGCAUGAAGGCUGUUGGUGUCAAGCGCAUAUCUGCUGUUAAACUCCUGCUCACAAGGAUCCGUGCUGAUCUGGAGGAACACGAAGACCACCAGGAGAUGAGUUUGUGGGCUGCUGUGCCCUAAUAAGAGGACGCUUACUGUAGAGUAGACUUGAUGGAAUUAGAAUCAGGACGCGGCUCAUGCUGAGUGACCCAAACAUCUACUUUUACUAAGUACAGUCUCUUGGUUUAUUUUAUCUCUCUCUCUCUCAGUGGCCAUGAGCGGAGUGAACUUACUCGGGUCGUUGGUUUUAUGCGCUUUGUUUUUGCCGCUUUCUGAGCCGAGUGGCCAGCUGCUGAAGUGCCACGAAGUGCGCUCAUCCUUCCAGACUCUGCACCCCGGCACCAAGUGGGCUCCGGAAACACCGGUCUCAGGCUCAGACCUGCAAGUGUGCCAGUCGAAAGGCCUCACUUGCUGCUCUCGCAAAAUGGAAGAGCGUUACCUCCUCACCGCCAAACAGAAUUUAGAGUCGAAUCUGCAGGCCAGCAGCGCCCAGCUCAAACUCCUCAUCAUCCAGAAUGCGGCCCUCUUUCAAGAGGCCUUUGACAUGGUGUUGCGCUUGGGCCGUAACUCUACUCUCACCCUGCUGAGGGAGGAGUUCCCAGGCUUGGGUAGUGGAGCCAAUGGUGCUGCAACUCAACUCUUCCUGGAAAUGUCCCUAUACAUCCUUGGCUCUGAUGCCAACGUGAACGACAUGGUGACCUCCUUCUUCUCACGCCUCUUCCCUCUUGCCUAUCGCCGCCUCUUGGGCAAUGGGGCAGCAGCAGGAAUCUCAGAUGAGUGCAUGCACAGGUUGUGGCGUGAGGUGUCGGCAUUCAGCUCUUACCCUAAGCUAAUGAUGACUCGCCUCUCACGGUCACUGCUGGCCACGCGUCUCUUCCUUCAGGCGCUGAACCUGGGCAUCGAGGUGGUGAACACCACGCAGCACCUGAAGGCGGGACGGGAGUGCGGCCGGGCACUGCUCCGCCUGUGGUACUGUCCAUUGUGCCAAGGGCUGAUGGAGGCGCGACCAUGCAAGGCAAUGUGCCUUGUAACUAUGGGAACCUGUCUUGGGGGAGCAGCCGAGGUGCAGCCACACUGGAGAGCCUACGUAGACGGACUGGGCACUUUGGCAGCUGCCAUGAGAGGAGAGCAGGACAUUGAGGCGGUGGUGCUCAGGCUGCACGUCAUCAUCCGGAUGGCUCUCAGACAUAUUGUGGGGGCCAAGAGCAAAGUGAAUGCACAGGUGAGCAGCAUGUGUUCACACACCCCCCAGCGCAGGGCUCGUGCAGUGACAUCACCGGUGGAGCGGGCUCUAGUCAUUCAACCCGUCAACUUUGAUCCUGAUGAGACUCUUUCUGGACAACGCAGAGAGUUUAUCCAGAGUCUGAGGGGCUUCAGUUUCUUCUAUGCUAAUCUUGGGGAGACUCUGUGCAGCCGCGAGCCAGCGGCACUCAACGGCUCCCUCUGCUGGAACGGGCAGGAGAUGACAGACAAGUUUUCAGGUCCAGGGCCGAAGAGGAGCCAGUCUCAUGGAUCGGACACCAAACACAAGCACCCCGAACCUGUCAUCAGCCAAAUCAUUGACAAACUCAAACACAUCAACCAGCUGUUACGGAUGGUGACGUCACCGGAGAAGCGGUGGAGGGCUCGGCCAGGAGGGGGCGCCGCACGAAGAGAUCCAGACCGAAUGAACCAAGGGGUGGAAGAUGAGGAAGGUCUAGAAAGUGGGGACUGCGAUGAUGAAGACGACUGCACUGGAGUUUCGGGACUCGGUCCACCCACACGACGCAAACGUUUACGUAUUUUUGCAGAUUUGGCAGAUAAUUUGGCAAUGGAUGACUUGACCUUUCACGAGUUGCUCCUGACCCCGAGACUUGCCACAGACACGCAUGCCGGAGCGUCUGUACCUGGAGCGGCAGACGGGCUGCGUGUCCCUGCUCGUGUCUUCUUUCUAUUCGUCAUCCUCCUUCUCUUUGGAUUUCAGUGAACCCUCCAAUCUGUUUUACACAGACUCCACUCAAGAAUUCCUCUCCAUCGACUCCUGACUGUCGUUUAAACCGGCCAGUGAGUUUUAAAGGACAUCGCAGCUGACCCUUUGUACAUAUAUUGAAAGAUGACCUAGAGUGAAGACAGAAAACUCUUUCUCCCUUUGUGUGUGCAAUCUCUGCUGUUACUUAAUGAACGUCUGGGUUGUUUUUUUUUGGACUUCUACAAGGAUCUGUUCAGUUGCUAAACCAUUAAAGAUGUACUCUCCCAGAGCAUGACAAAUACAACACGUAUCCUAACUGUAUCCCUUUGUGCUUUUAUCUCACAGUACAGUCAUCUGUUUUACAUGGGAUAUCAUUUGCUUUCUGGUGUUUUACACAUGGCUUUACACAAAGAACAGAGCUUCCUGUAGGUAAAGAACCUAACCGUCUUUUUCUUUCUUCUAAAUGUCAUGCUUUUGUAAUUUAUUGGACUUUCCAGAGGAGGAAGACUGUGACUAAUGGGGUCUGGGGAAAAGUAGUGCUUCUCUAGUGGACACGGGGUCUGUCUGAUGCCUGGACAUGAUCACACACAUACACACCACAUUGCAUCCUAAUUCUGCCACUCAUUUCCUCUGUAGUAAAUGAUCCUUGCAGGAGAUCAAGGGAUUGGUAUGUCGUUGUGAAACCUUCUCACUGCAGGGUGACACCAGUUGAAUGUUACUUGGAGAGAUAACAGUGUAUUAGAAUGGUAACUUUCCCUUUUAGAGUCAUACUAUCUUUUCUUCCAUCCGUCACUCUCUGUUUGCUUUUUCUCUCGUUGGUGACAUGUAUUUCACUCGUUCUCUUUCUCUGUAUCCUCGUCUGUCUCUCUGACUCUCGCAGUGACAGGCCAUGUCAUAUUUAGGUGUGUAUUGUAGCUGGAUGAUUAAAGAUAUGGCCCAUGUGGA